UGCGCCUGUCUGCCAGACAAGCGGCGUGUCUGGACUCGGGAGUUCAGCAUCUGAUGUAAGUAGGUCAAGAGGCUCUUCAGUCGUACAGCCAUAUAACUUUAACGAUGGAUAGGAAACAGGUCGUCAAUUUUGGAGCAGGACCGGCUAAACUUCCGCAGUCGGUUUUGGUCCAAGCACAAAAAGAGCUGCUAAAUUACAAUGGCACCGGGAUAAGCGUUCUUGAAAUGAGCCACAGAUCAUCUGAUUUCGCUAAGAUUAUUAACACUACUGCAGACGCUCUGCGGGAACUUCUGCACGUUCCUGACAACUACAAAAUACUUUUCUUCCAAGGUGGUGGUUCAGGACAGUUCAGCGCAGUUCCUCUAAAUCUGAUUGGUCUAAAAGAGGACAGAUGUGCUGACUAUCUGGUCACAGGAGCAUGGUCUGCAAAGGCAGCUAAAGAGGCAGAGAAGUAUGGAAAAGUGAAUGUGGUCCAUCCAAAACUGGACAGUUACAACAAGAUACCAGAAAGAAGCACUUGGUCAUUAAAUCCUUCAGCUUCUUACGUUUACUACUGCUGCAAUGAAACCGUGCAUGGUGUUGAGUUCAACUUCAUCCCUGACACCAAAGGAGUGGUUCUCGUCAGCGAUAUGUCGUCCAACUUUCUCUCACGGCCGGUAGAUGUGUCAAAGUUUGGGCUGAUAUUUGCCGGUGCGCAGAAAAAUGUCGGUUGUGCCGGUGUGACGGUUGUGAUUGUAAGAGAGGAUUUGUUGGGCAGAGCAUCAAAAGAGUGCCCUGUUAUAAUGGACUAUCAGGUGCAGGCUGAAAACAACUCUCUUUAUAAUACUCCUCCUUGCUUCAGCAUCUACAUCAUGGGCUUAGUUCUGGAGUGGAUAAGGAACCAAGGAGGGGCAGAUGCCAUGGAUCAGCUCAACAAACAGAAAGCUGAUAUGAUCAAUGAUAUAAUCGACCAGUCUAAUGGGUUUUACUCGUGCCCUGUCGACGUGGCGUGCCGCAGCCGUAUGAACAUUCCAUUCCGCAUCGGGAAAAAGGAGGGAGAUGAAAAUCUUGAAAAGUCAUUUUUGGAUGGUGCCUCCAAGCUUGGCAUGAUUUCUCUAAAAGGACACCGGUCUGUGGGUGGCAUCCGAGUUUCCUUGUACAAUGCAGUGACCGUGGAAGAUGCAAAGGCUCUUGUCACCUAUAUGGAACAAUUCCUUAGAGAUCACAAAAAAUAGUUUUAAUGAAAGUUAUUUUUGGUAGAAUUGUUCUCAUCUGCACUAAAAAGAGUUCCUUGAUUAUGGCAUCAUUAGGCCAGAGUAACACUAGCAACUAUGCAAGGAUACAAUUGUUAUCCUUUGCUCUUACAAAUCACGGCCAUUGUUGGAUCUUCUUACAUAACGAGCUCUAUGUGUAUUCCAGUGUGCAUUCGUGCAUGUUAAAAACUGUUACAGUUUAUUAUUCCACAAUGUUCUGUGUCUUAUACUAAAUUUGUUUAAUGUGUCUAAAAUGUUUAACAAAUGAAAGUGAACUGUGAUGGAAGCAAAUGAAAAUAAAACUACAUAAAAUAAAACAA